GACAAGGUGGAUAUUCUUAUUUGAAGGAAUGGCUUUGGUGGGCUGGAUUGCUAUCAAUGGGAUUAGGAGAAGCUGCAAACUUUGCUGCCUAUGCCUUUGCACCUGCAACCUUAGUUACCCCCUUGGGUGCACUGAGUGUUCUCAUAAGUGCUAUAUUGUCAUCCUAUUUUUUAAAUGAGAAGCUGAAUAUUCACGGAAAGCUAGGCUGUGUGCUGAGCAUUUUGGGGUCAACGGUCAUGGUUAUUCAUGCCCCUGAGGAGGAGGAGGUCACCUCACUAGAUGAGAUGGAAAGAAAGCUGCAAGAUCCAGCAUUUGUUACGUUUGCUGUUCUCCUAACAGUUGUUGCCCUCAUGCUGAUUUUUAUUGUGGCUCCAAGGAGAGGUCAGACAAAUAUACUGAUCUACAUUUUAAUUUGCUCACUCAUUGGUGCCUUCUCUGUCUCGUCUGUGAAAGGCCUGGGCAUUGCCAUUAAACAAAUGUUGGAGUGGAAGCCAGUGUAUCGAGAUCCAUUGGUUUACAUAUUGGUGGGUAUCUUAAUGCUCUCAGUCAGCACUCAGAUCAACUAUCUCAACAAAGCAUUGGACAUGUUCAAUACAUCUCUAGUGACACCUAUUUAUUACGUGUGUUUCACCACAACGGUUGUGACAUGCUCCAUCAUCCUGUUCAAGGAGUGGAGUACUAUGGACCUGGGUGAUAUUAUUGGAACCCUGAGUGGAUUCUGCAGUAUCAUCAUAGGUAUUUUUCUAUUGCACUCCUUCAAAAAUAUUAAUAUCACCUGGAGUCAGUUGAUGUCUGCUGUUGUCAAAGAACCAUCAUUACCACACCAUGAAUACGAAACCUGUCACACUUUACUGGAGAGCAUGGAAGACCCAGCUUUGGCAUAUGAGGAGGACAACAUUUUGUUCAGUCAAUGA